GACGCUAAUUGUAUAUGAGCGCGAGCGGCGGGCUCUUGGGUCUUUUUUAGCGCCAUCUGCUCGCAGCGCCGCCUCCUGCUCCUCCCGCCGCUGCCCUGAGUCACGGACUGCGCAGCUCCGGCCGCCGGGCGCCCCGUGAUCGCCAUCGAUAUUUGGAGUUCUUAACAACAUGGCAGACAUUGACAACAAAGAACAGUCUGAACUUGAUCAAGAUUUGGAUGAUGUUGAAGAAAUAGAAGAAGAAGAAACUGGUGAAGAAACAAAAAUUAAAGCGCGUCAGCUGACUGUUCAGAUGAUGCAAAAUCCUCAGAUUCUUGCAGCCCUCCAAGAAAGACUUGAUGGUCUGGUAGAAACACCAACAGGAUACAUUGAAAGCUUGCCUAAGGUAGUUAAAAGACGAGUGAAUGCUCUCAAAAACCUUCAAGUUAAAUGUGCACAGAUAGAAGCCAAGUUCUAUGAGGAAGUUCAUGAUCUUGAAAGAAAGUAUGCUGUUCUCUAUCAACCUUUAUUUGAUAAGCGAUUUGAGAUCAUUAAUGCAAUUUAUGAACCUACGGAAGAAGAAUGUGAAUGGAAACCGGAUGAGGAAGAUGAUAUUUCGGAGGAGCUGAAAGAAAAGGUCAAAAUUGAAGAUGAGAAAAAGGAUGAAGAAAAACAAGACCCCAAGGGAAUUCCUGAAUUUUGGUUGACUGUUUUUAAGAAUGUUGACUUGCUCAGUGAUAUGGUUCAGGAACAUGAUGAACCUAUUCUGAAGCACUUGAAAGAUAUUAAAGUGAAGUUCUCAGAUGCUGGCCAGCCUAUGAGUUUUGUUUUAGAAUUUCACUUUGAACCCAAUGAAUAUUUCACAAAUGAAGUGUUGACAAAGACAUACAGAAUGAGGUCCGAACCAGAUGAUUCUGAUCCCUUUUCUUUUGAUGGACCAGAAAUUAUGGGUUGUACAGGGUGCCAGAUAGAUUGGAAAAAAGGGAAGAAUGUCACUUUGAAAACCAUUAAAAAGAAACAGAAACACAAGGGACGUGGGACAGUUCGUACUGUGACCAAAACAGUUUCUAAUGACUCGUUCUUUAAUUUUUUUGCCCCUCCUGAAGUUCCUGAGAGUGGAGAUCUGGAUGAUGACGCUGAAGCUAUCCUUGCUGCAGACUUUGAAAUUGGUCACUUUUUACGUGAGCGUAUAAUCCCAAGAUCAGUGUUGUACUUUACUGGAGAAGCCAUUGAAGAUGAUGAUGAUGAUUAUGAUGAAGAAGGUGAAGAAGCGGAUGAGGAAGGGGAAGAAGAAGAUGAGGAAAAUGAUCCAGACUAUGACUCAAAGAAGGAUCAAAACCCAGCAGAGUGCAAGCAGCAGUGAAGCAGGAUGUAUGGCCUUGAGGAUAACCUGCACUGGUCUACCUUCUGCUUCCCUGGAAAGGAUGAAUUUUCAUCAUUUGACAAGUUCAUUUCAAGUUUUUUGUUGUUUCUUUGUUUGUUUGCUUGUUUGUAGCCUAAAAUAAAAAUGUCAAAUAUAAUUUUAGUUCUCACAAGAUAAUGUCUUACAAUUUUGUACUAAUUCAGGCAGAAGUGAAGCCUUAGCUUGCAUUAAGUAUUGUGCCCAGUUUACUAUUAUAUUGAAGAAAAGGGUGCCAACUCUGGACGAGGUGUACUACAUUUAAUAAGAAAGUAUAAAAAAAAGACAAAUGGUGUAAUUUUUUUAAAAGAGUAAGUUAAGUUUUAUUUCCUUUGGUUAGAAUGAGAGAAGGCCUCAAGCCUCUGAUGAAUUCCAAUUCUUACUGUUUAAAGUAUGAGUAUGUUGUUUACCCAUGCUUCUGUUUACUAUGUAUUAAAAUGGGUAGUGCUGUUUACUUAACUACCUCACAUGUGUUAGACAUAUUAACUUAAAUUAUAUAUGAAAUAAUUCUCAACCUAUUGAAAGCUUAAAAAUUUGGGACUUUUUGCACCACAAGUAUGAUAUUCAGCCUUUUAGUCUACCACAGUUUGCUAAAUAAACCAGAAAACAAAAGUCAAGUACUUUACUCUGGAUCUGGUCAGGCAGUGCUCUUUUAGUGGCUCCUUAUUUAAUAAAAGUGGAUGGAUAACCAACUAUUUCAAAGGUCCAAGGAUCGUUUUUAGGUAUUUUUGUUAUGACCAUAGAGAUCAUGGUUCUAAAAUAGAAGUAAGACCGUUUUUAAGGGGGUUGGGGGAAUCCCAUUAAAUUUGAUACUGUAGAGCCACAUUUAAAAUACCUCAGGCUAAUUACUGUUGAUUUUUUCUGGUGAACUUAAAGUUUUGGCAGUGAGGGUGGACUAAUUGAAUUGUAAUUGGAAAACAGCUUAGAGUUUCUGCUUGUAAUAAAAUAACAUUAGGUUCAUUUUUAGAAAUGAUAGAGCUUCCAUUUUGAAAAUUUAGUAUUAUGGUCUUAGAAUGUGAAUGAAUACAUUUUGUUAUUUGUAUAGUACUAUCUUUUUCACUCCUGAGAUUUUAAUUAACUGCUGGAAAUCCUCAACCAAUUGCAAUAGUUUAUGUGGGGGGGUGGGGGGGAAUGCCAUGAAAACACCUGAUGUUUUUCCUCUUCAUUUUCAAAAUGAUUUUGGUUGCUUUGAUUAGACCUUCUGUGCUCAUGUUUUUUUGUACCCAUAGCUCAUUUGAACACAUCUGAACUUUAAAAAUGUUAACCUAAAGAUAGGUUCUCAUUUUUAUAUGAACUUUAAGUAGCAAAACCACUAUAUUUUUUUUUUUCAUUAGGAAAUAGCUAUUGCCAAAGUAAGGGAGAAGAUACUAUUUCAUCUUGUUAUAUAAGGGCAAUGUGAUUUGCAGAGGAAUUGCUCUCUAUUAAUAAAGUUGGGGUUUCAAGGGAUAUCAGUGUUCAUCUCUGCCAUCUUUCCAGUUCCAAAAGAUUCUAUUCCAUUCAAGAAAUUUGAGAUAUGUAAUUGGAAGACCUUAAUAAAAUUUGCAUUUAAUUUUAUAAAAUGUACUGGUGAUGUUUUGGGUGGUUUUUAAAUAAAAAUACUACCUUUUUAUAAGAACAGAGUAGAGAUGUUUAGAGUUGGCUAUUCUGUGCUUAGACCAUGAUGGUCUGUAAAUUUGAUUACUUUUAAAUUAUGAGCAACCUCCCAAGCCCUGCUGAGUGGAGUUUCUAUUGAAAGACUAAAAGGGACUUGCACAGUUCUACAGAUUUACUGCGUUAACUGUAGACAUUUUUGAGAUGACUUCAAGCUUUUUUUUAGUUAUUAGUUUUCUCUAGCCCAGGCAUUGGCUGCCAAGUUCUCAUUCCCCCCGCCGCAGCUCCCCCCCUCCCCCAAUAUAGUAAAUGGUAAAAUCCAAUCUGAUCACCUGAAAAGUAAUACUUUGAAAACAUUUGACAUUUUACAGUCAAAUUGGUAAGCAGAGAACAACAAUUCCAUUAAACAAUUACUAGUAGUUUUUAGUUUAACAUGGAUGUCUGAAAGUUAAAUGUAUGGAAUUUCUCAGAAUUCUUUUAUCUAAUUCAUUGAAGCAGUAUGGUGACAAAAAUAUCUUAAUUGUGUGGAAUUGGCUUAGAGUAGUACUUAAGGAAAACGGGCUUCUAUUUCCUUUUUUAGCUCAUUUAAUAAAUACACCUGAAAAGGAGACAUUAGCUUUGAUAGAAAUACUUUCAUUAUUUUUUAAUAGGUUAGUGAGAUUGAUUUGGUAUAUACGUCCUCUAAGAUAAUUGAAUUAAUAUGUUACUACUGCUUUUCAGACUGAAUUUGUGGGUUUAUCCGAGUUGUAGACAAUUCCCAUUAUUAAAAAUGUAAAACUUUUGAAUUGUGAAAGCAUCAGGCCAUGCAGAAAUAUUAAGCUAAUGUUAAAAUAUUAUUUAAAUAUUUGAUUUCAGGGCAUGGUUUAGCAUUUGAGUCCAUUUUUAUGGGAUGAUCUUAUAAAAAUUGUAGCAUUUAUAUUUUUAACUGUUUAAACCAGAUGUUAUUUUAAAUGUACACAAUAAACGAUUGGCUUAGAGGAAGCAUACAUUCUUUAUAGGAGCCUUUGAAAAGAAAAAGCAUGAGAAUUUAGUAUAGGCGUUUUUGUUGGUUUUUUUUUAAUCUUCACUGUAUAUUGGUAAUUGUAAACCGUUUUGUUUUGAAAAUAUUCAUAAUUUAGGUAAUUUGCUACUUAAAACACUCUAAUAGCUGAAAAUUAAGUGGUGAAAUUAACAGAUUAGUUUUUAGCUGUGUAGUGAUGAUUUUUUUGUAUGCUGGUUUAAAAAUCCAGUUAUUAAACAGUAAAUUGGAUAAAAUUUAACCAAGUUCUUGGACCGAUUAAGAACUUCAGAGAAAUGGAAACAUCUUUGUUGGAGUGUGAAAUUAUUGAAGAAUAAGUGUUUAUCCAUGAGAAAUUUUUAUUGUAUUUAGUUGAUUACAUUUUC